GUCAAUAUUAGUUAUUUCAAAGUCACUGACUUCUGUUUAAAAUCCUUUUAAGCAUAUUCAUCGAAAAGGUACUAGUCCUUCCCUUUUCGUUUUUUUUUUGCUUUGGGCAUGUCAGAAUGGUUGAAAAUCCUUCGCCAAAGAUAUACGAUGUCUCUUUAAAUACCGCUCGAACCCCCGAGGAGCUUGAUGCCGAGGAUGACGACGCCAUCGAGGAUCCCAUUGAUAGUCUAGAGGUUUUUGAGCACAUCCGACGUAUUCGGGAUCCUGAACAUCCUCAUACGCUCGAGGAGCUCAAGGUGCUGGAGCCGGAUCUCAUAACUGUGAACUGGAAGCAGCGCCACGUGAAGGUGCUUUUCACGCCUACGGUGCCGCACUGCAGCCUGACGGCGGUCAUCGGGCUCAGCAUCUUCCUUAAGCUGCAGCGUUCGCUGCCGCAGUACACGAAAGUUGACGUGUACGUAACCCCUGGCACCCACAUCCAGGAGGAGCAGGUUAACAAACAGCUCAACGAUAAGGAGCGGGUGGCUGCUGCGCUGGAAAAUCGUAGUUUGCUAAGCAUCAUUGAGACGUGUAUUGCAGAUUCUGAGUGAGAGGAUACUACCCUUAUUUACCCUUGCUUUUUACCUUUGUGUGUGGGGAGGAAGUGGGAGUGAGGUGCGUUGGAUAUUUACGAGAUGCUUUAUUAACAUUUUUGGAGUAAUCAUUUACAACAUUUCUUUUUCUUUAUGUGCGUAAACGAUACAUAUAUGCUCUCAUGGAAA